CUAGGACUGCCCCUCCCAGCGGUCAGCUGCGGCUAAGACUGUCCGGGCAUCGCCCAAGGGAAAAGGUUGUGGCAAGGUCGCUCAGAAAAGGCGGGAGGAGUCUGGCGGUGAUUGAUGCUGGGAAGGGACCGAAUGAAUAAAAGUACUUGUCUGGGGACAGCACAGACCCUGAGAGAGCUGCGGUGGAUCCGCUGUCUGGCAUUCUCUCAGCCUUUUGUCAGAGUCUGAGCUGCAUUCAGUGAGUGGAGAGAGGCCUGCUUAGGAGCAGCUGGGCUCCUGCUGCGAGCCGCAAGCCCCCUGAGGCAGUUGAGGACCUGGGAAGGAGGUUCCCGGCUAGAGGCGAGACUCCUGGUGCUUCCAAUCCGUGCGAGACUGAAAACAGCGGAGCGGCUACUGGACUCUCCUGAGAGCAAGCUGUAACAUGCAAUCGCCCGCAAGCCGGUGCGGACGCGCCUUGGUGGCGCUGCUGCUGGCCUGUGGCUUGCUGGGGGCAUGGGGAGAGAAAAGAGGAUUCCCACCUGCCCAAGCCACGCCGUCUCUUCUCGGGACUAAAGAGGUAAUGACACCACCUACUAAAACCUCCUGGACCAGAGGUUCCAACUCCAGUCUGAUGCGUUCCUCCGCACCUGCAGAGGUGACCAAAGGAGGGAGGGUGGCUGGAGUCCCGCCAAGAUCCUUCCCGCCUCCGUGCGAACGAAAUAUUGAGAUCAGCAAGACUUUUAAAUACAUCAACACGAUCGUGUCAUGCCUCGUGUUCGUGCUAGGCAUCAUCGGGAACUCCACACUGCUAAGAAUCAUCUACAAGAACAAGUGCAUGAGAAAUGGUCCCAAUAUCUUGAUCGCCAGUCUUGCUCUGGGAGACUUACUCCACAUCAUCAUCGACAUUCCCAUUAACACCUACAGGCUGCUUGCAGAGGACUGGCCAUUUGGAGCUGAGAUGUGUAAGCUGGUGCCCUUCAUACAGAAAGCGUCUGUGGGGAUCACGGUGCUGAGUCUAUGUGCUCUAAGUAUUGACAGAUAUCGAGCUGUUGCUUCUUGGAGUCGAAUUAAAGGAAUUGGGGUUCCAAAAUGGACAGCAGUAGAAAUUGUUUUAAUUUGGGUGGUCUCUGUGGUUCUGGCUGUCCCUGAAGCCAUAGGUUUUGAUAUGAUUACGUCGGACUACAAAGGAAAACCCCUAAGGGUCUGCAUGCUUCAUCCCUUUCAGAAAACAGCCUUCAUGCAGUUUUACAAGACGGCCAAAGAUUGGUGGCUGUUCAGUUUCUACUUCUGCUUGCCACUAGCCAUCACUGCAAUCUUUUAUACCCUGAUGACCUGUGAAAUGCUCAGAAAGAAGAGUGGCAUGCAGAUUGCUUUGAAUGAUCACUUAAAGCAGAGACGAGAAGUGGCCAAAACAGUAUUCUGCCUGGUCCUCGUGUUUGCCCUCUGUUGGCUUCCCCUUCACCUCAGCAGGAUUCUGAAGCUCACACUUUAUGACCAGAGCAAUCCUCACAGGUGUGAACUUCUGAGCUUUUUGUUGGUUUUGGACUAUGUUGGUAUCAAUAUGGCUUCUUUGAAUUCCUGCAUCAAUCCAAUCGCUCUGUAUUUGGUGAGCAAAAGAUUCAAAAACUGCUUUAAGUCGUGUUUGUGCUGCUGGUGCCAAACGUUUGAGGAAAAGCAGUCCUUAGAGGAGAAGCAGUCCUGCUUGAAGUUCAAAGCUAACGAUCACGGAUAUGACAACUUCCGUUCCAGCAAUAAAUACAGCUCAUCUUGAAGGCAAGAACACUCGCCAGAUCUCAUCCUCAUUGCGGACAGAUAUCAUUAAAAUAAAAUGAAACCUUUGCCAAAUCAAAAUGGAAAACCAUGCUAGCAGAAAGGUGUGCACGCAUGUGAGAGGGAUUAUUUUUAACUGUUCUAACUUUCAACACCUGAUAUUUCAUGGGCUGUUUACAAUCUAAGAAAGCCAUGGGAAGGAAUGAGUUCUCCAUGGGGAAGCACUUAGAUUCUUAGUCAGCACUUCAACACAGCUCUUAAAAGCCCCAAGUGCGUUCAUAACGCCACUUACAUUUAAAAAACGAGAACUUCACUCAGAAGUUCUGUUCAGGGGUUUAUUAUCCAAUCCUAUGAAUCUGGAUUCAAGAAAGCAUGACAUUGCAAAACAAUUCUUAAAAUGAAGUUUCAGUUAUACAAUUUGAACCUUAAAAAAAAAACUAAUAAAUUUCUAUGCCUAGUAUCAUACCCACUAAUCCGUUUGUAACUAUAUGAAAAAUGAGAAAGCAAUAUAGUUGGUAUACUUUUGUGGUCAUUACAAACAUUGAAAUGAUCAGAAGUAGGGAUGGAGAAGAGAGUCUGAGCCUGGAUGUUUGAAAUCGUCAUGUUCCUUACAGUCAAACAUGCAUGAGUGUCACAGAAGACGCAGGGAAGGUGUGAGCUGCCACACCUGAGGUUUCUGAACUUCCCUCACACAUACUCUGCAGAAAGACACAAAACAGAACACUACCUAUGAUUUCUUCAAAGUUCUUUCCAAAUCCUUUCAUGGUUGAAGUUUAAAUUCCAUUUGAUUAACUUCAUCACCUGUAAAUACUUAGCUAUUAGCUAUAAGCACUACACAUAGAUGACUUAACGAAGGGCAGGUCCCAGUGUUCAUAGCUUUCUGACAAAGAGAUGUCAGUAUCCCAAUUAUAGACAGAAUGUGAAUUGCCCGGUGCAGUGUCCACAUGGCGAAGAAGCAGGGAACACCCUUUCAGUCAUGCUGUAGAUAAAAUGGUCCACAGCACAAUAUGAUAGCUAAAAUACCAUCAUUUAAAGACAUAGAAAGUAGUCACUGUAACCAGCUCUCUUGGAGGCAUAUUAACAAUUUUUUAUGUUAUUUCUGAAAAUAGCCAAUAGGAAGGCAUUCUGGACAUGGUGCUUUUCUAAAACAUAGAAGCCAAACUGCUUCAGGGUCUGCAAGAUUGUCCUCAUUGUGCAUUCUUGUGUAGUUUUUUUUGUUUUGUUUUGUUUUAAUCUCCUUCCACAACGUGCCUUAGGUUCACUCCAGAUGAGCAGUGUGUGAAAGAAUGCCCAAGAGAAAACUGAUGAGAGAGGAAAUGAGGUGGGGCAGGAGGAAGCCCGUGGGGAAAGAUUCCCAUUCUUAGCCCUGUGUUCGUCACUGCCUCGUCAUAUCAGUGUGAAAGGUCCUGGUUCAGCUCCAGCAAAACACAGCGCUGUGUUCUCAGUGUGACUUGGGAACAAAUCAAGCCAGAGAGCCUUAACCUUGUCUUAAAAUAUAACAUUUAACUUCCUUCUUCUUUCUUUUCUUUUCUUUUUCUCUUCUUUUUUCUUUUUAUAACCCAGGCCACAUGUUGAAAAUGAGCUAAGAAUGCAGUUUUCUGCCAAACAAUAAACCCAAACAGGACAGUGAGGUCAAAAACAAAAAACAAUACUGAAUCGGCAUGCCACAUGACUCUUUAGGAGUUCUUGUGUAUAGGUUGCUCACUAUAAUUUUCUACAGAUACUUUUUAAUCACAAAGGACACCCCAGAUCUUCAAUUUUAAGUUAGCUAAUGGGUCCCCAGUAGUAGUUUUGCAUUGUGAACAUAUUUUUAAUUCUUACUAAAUUUUAGAUUGGUUUUAUUGUUGUGUACUAAAUUCUUGAGUCCUAACAUCCCAAAUGUUCCUUCCAUCUUCUUGUUAGACUCAUGGGCAGCAAUCAUCCUGCCAAAUUAUGAACUGGCAUAAGAAUACUAUUCAUGCAAUAUAUGCAAUAAAACUAUAUUCAGUGGCUUUUUUAUUCAAAAUUUUAGCACACAGACCUAGCAUGGUAAGAAACAAACAUAAUCUCUUUGCAUAAUUAAAGCCAAGAUAACAGAAGGUACCAUCUAAUUUAAAGCAUAUUUUCUAACAUUUAAGUUGUCUAAUAUAGCAAUUCAUAAAAAUAGUGUUAACAAGGAUGUUAGAGGUCAAACGAUUUGUAAGUGACUUCAGCCUAUUUUCUCCUAAAUUAUCCACUGCUAUUGUUGGUCUGUGUUCAAACAUUUUUCAGUAUUGAUAAUGUGCAAUGGCCAAAGGACAACUGUUUUCAUCAAAAUGUGGGUGUGUUGUGUCUAACAUGCACUUGUAAUAAAGCUGAGUAAAAUAAUUGUGUUUAGUUUUGCUCUGGUCACUUAAAGUGGCAGCUUGUGUAGUUGCUAACUUCUUGUUGUGUAAGCAAAACCAAUAAACACUCAAAUGGUUUAAAAGA